CGACCUAUUGAUUAGUUGUCACUUGUCAAUUGUGCAUAUACAAAGAAACGUCGAGCGCAAAAAUUUCAGUUGAAAGAAUCGCAAUUUGUAAGUUUGCGACUGUAAAUAACAGUUCUAUUUAGCAGUAUAAGCAAACAGAUCAUAAAUAUGUAUAAAGAAUUCAUUAUAUCCUGUAAACCUGAUAGAGAAAUACGAAAAAAAAUAAUAACACCGGGUGAUUUUACAAUAGUACCGUACGAAGAUUCUCGAUGUAAGAUCCGGAUAACCGAUUUAUAUUGCAGAAAUGCAGACGGUGAAUGUGAAAUGGAACCUCUUAGUCGUAUAUUCAAUUCCCCAUUCGAUGGAAACGUGAUUAUUGGAGACAUGGAUACAUUCGUCGAUAAAGAUGUUGAAUUAAUCCUUCAACAGAUGUGCCUUGGCGAGCUCUGCAUCGCACAUUUAAAAUAUAAGGACACUCACGGCGAUCUCAUGUUGGACAUAACUUGUAAAAUAGAGUUAAUAGACGUCACCGAGGAGCAGCUGAUCAGUGACUGGAGCUGGGCGAGAUUGUACGAGUCGGCGAUGCAUCACAAAGAGCAUGGGGUGCAGUUGGUAAAGGAUAAAAGAAUAGUCGAUGGAUUCAGGCGGUUUUCCAAGGCUUAUAAGAUGUUGGUUGCUAUGGAACCUGUUGACAGAGAUACCUUAGAUGAAGAAAGAGCAAAAGAGUUGGUUGAUUUAAGGGUGAAACUUUACAAUAAUAUGGCACACUGUCAACUACAAUUUGAUGAAUUUGCGGCCUCCUUGGACCUUUGCAGCAGAGCCCUUAAAUAUGAUCCUGAAAACAUUAAGGCUUUAUACAGGCGUUGCACGGCUUACAUUGGACUCUACAUGUACGAGGAGGCGUGGGAAGAUAUCCAGAAGGCAUUGACUUUAGAUCCUAACGACAAAGCUGCCCUAUUAAAGGCAUCAGAGCUGAGGCCUCAUAUUGAAAAAAUAAACAAAGAUUACGCAAAAGUUAUUAAAAAAAUGUUUGGUUAAUUUUCUGUAACA